UCCGGCGAAGCUCCGCCUCCACUGUUCCAUGCGUUGGCGCGCUCCGAUCUGUCCGUAGUUGUCGGCUCCUCGCCGGCUGGAGAGAACUCGCUGUUAGCGGGGCUACAAGACAAGAACAUCCAACAGCAGACAUGAGCGCUGCGGGAGACGCUCGGCCGGGUUCGGCCGCUGGUCCCGUCCAGCAGGGACUGAAAGAGGCUCUGAUUGAGACGCUAACCGCGAUCCUCUCCCCGGUUCAAGAAGUGCGCGCCGCCGCAGAGGAGCAAAUUAAAGUGCUGGAAGUGACUGAAGAGUUUGGUGUCCACCUGGCUGAACUCACAGUCGAUCCUCAGGGAGCACUUGCCAUUCGUCAGUUAGCAUCGGUCAUUCUGAAACAGUAUGUGGAGACUCACUGGUCCUCCCAGUCAGAAAAGUUCAGACCUCCUGAAACCACAGAUCAGGCUAAAGCUGCCAUCAGGGAGCUGCUGCCUAAUGGUUUGCAGGAGUCGAUCAGCAAAGUUCGCUCCAGUGUCGCCUAUGCCGUGUCGGCCAUUGCUCAUUGGGACUGGCCCGAGGCGUGGCCUCAGCUCUUCACCCUCCUCAUGGAGAUGCUGGUCAGUGGAGACAUUAAUGCUGUGCAUGGAGCCAUGAGGGUCCUCACAGAAUUUACUCGAGAAGUGACAGACACGCAGAUGCCGCUGGUUGCUCCUGUCAUCUUACCUGAGAUGUACAAAAUCUUCACCAUGGCAGAGGUUUACAGUAUUCGUACCCGCUCCAGAGCAGUGGAGAUAUUCACCACCUGUGCCAACCUCAUCUGUGCUAUUGAAGAGCUAGAAAAGGGUGCAGCCAAAGCGUUGAUCUUCCCGGUGGUGCAGCAGUUCACAGAAGCAUUCGUUCAGGCUCUGCAAAUCCCUGAUGGGCCUUCAUCUGAUAGUGGGCUCAAGAUGGAAGUCCUCAAGGCAGUAACCGCAUUAGUGAAGAACUUCCCGAAGCCCAUGGUGUCCUCUAUGCAGCAAAUCUUACCCAUUGUUUGGAACGCUCUGACUGAAAGUGCAGCUUUUUAUGUAAGAACAGAAGUCAACUACACAGAGGAAGUGGACGACCCUGUAGAUUCAGAUGGUGAAGUUUUGGGUUUUGAAAAUCUGGUGUUCAACAUCUUCGAGUUUGUCCACACGCUGCUGGAAAACAACAAGUUUAAGACCACAGUGAAAAAAGCUCUGCCUGAACUCAUCUACUACAUCAUCCUCUAUAUGCAGAUCACUGAAGACCAGAUCAAAGUGUGGACGGCAAACCCUCAGCAGUUUGUAGAAGACGAGGACGACGACACUUUCUCCUACUCUGUCAGGAUCUCUGCUCAGGACCUGCUUCUGGCUGUGGCUGCAGAGUUUCAGAAUGAGAGCGCAGCAGCGCUGGCAGCAGCAGCAACCAGACACCUCCAGGAGGCAGAGCAGGCUAAAAACAGUGGCAAUGAGCACUGGUGGAAGAUUCACGAGGCUUGUAUGCUGGCUCUGGGUUCAGUAAAAACCAUCAUCACAGAAAACGUAAAGAACGGUCGUAUCCAGUUUGACAUGCAUGGUUUUCUGGCCAGUGUCAUUCUCGCUGAUCUCAAUCUGGCAGCUGCAUCUCCGUUCCUCCUCGGCCGAGCUCUGUGGGCAGCCAGUCGCUUCACAAUAGUCAUGUCUCCUGAGCUCAUCCAGCAGUUUCUCCAGGCCACUGUCAGCGGCCUCCACGAGAGCCAGCCGCCGUCCGUCCGCAUCUCUGCGGUCAGAGCCAUCUGGGGGUACUGUGAUCAGUUGAAGCUGUCAGAGAGCACACAUGUUCUUCAGCCCUUCCUCCCCAGUAUCUUAGAGGGACUGAUCCAGCUUGCUGCCCAGUUUAGCUCAGAAGUACUCACACUCGUCAUGGAGACGCUGUGCAUCGUCUGCACCGUCGACUCGGGCUUCACCACCAGUGCUGAGAAUAAGAUCUGCCCCCUCACUAUCGCCAUUUUUCUUAAAUAUAACAAUGAUCCUGUGGUGGCCUCUCUGGCUCAGGACAUCUUCAAGGAGCUGGCUCAGAUCGAAGGCUGCCAGGGCCCAAUGCAGAUGCGUCUCAUACCAACGUUGGUCAGCAUCAUGCAGGCUCCGCAUGACAAGAUCCCCACCGGACUCUGUGCCACAUCCAUAGACAUCCUGACCACAGUGGUCCGAAACACUAAACCUCCUCUGUCAGAGAUGCUGGUGUGUCAGGCGUUUCCUGUGGUAGCACAGUGCACUUUACGCACCGAUGACAACACAAUCAUGCAGAAUGGAGGCGAGUGUCUGCGGGCGUACGUCUCGGUGGCCCUUGAGCAGAUUGCGCAGUGGAGGGAUGAGCAGGGGAACAGUGGAUUGUGGUACGUCAUGCAGGUAGUGAACCAGCUGCUGGACCCCCGGACUUCAGAAUUCACAGCUGCCUUCGUGGGCAGACUGGUGUCCACGCUGAUCUCUCGAGCAGGAACGGAGCUCGGGGAACAGUUAGACCAGAUCCUUCGAGCAAUUCUGAGCAAAAUGCAACAAGCUGAGACUCUGAGUGUCAUGCAGUCUCUGAUCAUGGUUUUUGCCCACCUGGUUCACUCUCAGCUGGAGCCUCUGCUGGAGUUUCUGUGCAGUUUGCCAGGUCCAACAGGGAAGCCUGCCCUGGAGUUUGUCACGACCGAGUGGAUGAGCAGGCAGCAUCUUUUCUACGGACAGUACGAGGGUAAAGUCAGUACUGUUGCGCUGUGUAAGCUACUGCAACAUGGCAUCAACACUGACGACAAACGUCUUCAAGACAUCAUGGUGAAGGGAGAAGAAAUUUACAACCCUGAUGAAGGCAUCCGUACACGCGCAAAAUCUGCCAAGAACCCAGAGCGCUGGACCAACAUUCCUUUGCUCGUGAAGAUCUUUAAGUUAAUCAUCAACGAGCUGUCGACCGUGGUGGAAGCAAACGCCAGCAGAGGAAACGCAGCAGACUGGAGCCAAGAUUCCAGCGGGAUGUGGGAUGACCAUGAGGAGGAAGAGGGGGAGGAUGAGGAUGAGGAUGAAGGGCUGGCAGGGCAUCUGCUCGAUGAACUCCUUACCUCUAACAAAUAUGAUGAUGAUUAUUAUGAAGAUGAUGAUGAUGAGGAUGAUCCAGAUGCCUUGAAAGACCCCAUAUAUCAGAUUGAUCUACAGGCUUACCUGACGGAUUUUUUAACACAAUUUGCCCAGCAGCCAUGUUACAGCAUGUUCUCAGGCCACCUCAACAACGCUGAGAGACAAACCCUGCAGUCUAUAGGCUUGUAGCUGUGCUGUUGGUCAUUUCAAUACGUCAUCUUCCAUCAACAACACCCUGAAAUGUUCCUGUGACUUCAAUCUCAUGAUGAAUUAAAAACAAAGAAAAGGAAUGAGGUGGGAAGAGACUCAUGCACUUACCCUUGACCUCCCUGUUUCUUGAUAAUGGAUGAUGAACAUUGCAGAUGUGAAGUUAUUUGAAGAGGACAGGACCACUCGUAGCUAUAAAACGAGGUCAAAGGUCUCCGUUUUGGAAUAACUUCAACUUGGAUGAGAGAUUGGAAGCUCUUCACUAAGAAGAUCAUGGAUCAUGAUGACACAUGCGUGGA